AUGGCGACACCGCGGCCGGCGGCGCUCCUGCCCCUGCGCUUCGCCUCCUCCGUCGCGCUCCUGCUCGUCGUCGCCUUCUCCUCUCUAAUGCGUCCGUCAGAUGCAUACGAUCCGCUUGAUCCGAAUGGGAACAUAACAAUUAAGUGGGAUGUAAUACAGUGGACUUCAGAUGGAUAUGUGGCUGUUGUUUCACUAUACAAUUACCAGCAGCACCGCCACAUUCAGGCGCCGGGCUGGAAACUAGGCUGGGUAUGGGCAAAGAAGGAGAUAAUCUGGGCGAUGACCGGCGGCCAGGCCACUGAACAAGGCGACUGCUCCAAAUUCAAAACCAACAUUCCCCAUUGCUGCAGAAAGGACCCUGAGGUUGUGGACUUGCUGCCUGGGACUCCCUACAACAUGCAGAUUGCCAACUGCUGCAAGGGAGGAGUCCUCACGUCAUGGGCACAGGACCCUAACAAUGCCGUGGCAUCAUUCCAAGUCAGCGUUGGACAGGCUGGGACUACCAACAGAACAGUCAAAGUGCCCAAGAACUUCACUCUCAAGGCACCUGGUCCCGGGUACACCUGUGGAACUGCCAAACUAGUGAAACCUACUAAGUUCAUAUCUCAGGAUGGGAGGAGAUCAACUCAAGCACACAUGACAUGGAAUGUGACAUGUACGUACUCGCAGUUUCUUGCUCAAAGAUCUCCAACCUGCUGUGUGUCGCUCUCAUCGUUUUACAACGACACCAUUGUCAAUUGCCCAACAUGCUCCUGUGGCUGCCAGAACAACAGCACUGCACCAGGAAGCUGUGUAGAGGGCAAUUCACCUUACCUGGCUUCUGUCGUGAACGACCCUAAUAAGAACAGCUUGGCGCCUCUAGUCCAAUGCACUUCACACAUGUGCCCAAUAAGAGUGCAUUGGCAUGUCAAGGUGAACUACAAGGAGUACUGGAGGGUAAAGAUCACGGUUACAAACUUCAAUUACCGGAUGAACUACUCGCAGUGGAACCUCGUUGCGCAGCACCCCAACUUUGACAAUCUGACCACCAUUUUCAGCUUCAACUACAAACCUCUGAACCCCUAUGGAGUAAUAAACGACACGGCGAUGUUAUGGGGCAUCAAGUACUACAACGAUCUGCUCAUGACGGCCGGGCCAGACGGGAAUGUGCAGUCUGAGCUUCUGUUCCGGAAGGAGCCCUCCACGUUCACCUUCCAGAAAGGCUGGGCCUUCCCGAGACGAGUCUACUUCAAUGGCGACAACUGCGUGAUGCCGCCGCCUGACGCCUACCCGUGGCUGCCCAACGCCUCUCCCCGGCUGUCGGCUUCGCUUCUCCUCCCGGUCGUUGCAGCUUGGAUAGCAAUUGCAAUCCUCCUGAUGACCCAUGCGUUGUGA